GUGUGAAGUCAAAGUUUUUUCUUCCUUCCCAGGUUUCCCCCUUUUCUCCGUUACUUGCGGAGAUUAAUAUGAGCACCCGACGUGUCGCGACCCGCAGCAUGGCUGUGCGAGCUCCUCCUGCUGCUGCAGCACCCCCUGCUCCCCCGACCCGCAGCAUGGCUGCUCGAGCUUCUCCUGCUGCUGCAGCACCCCCUGCUCCCCCGGCAACGCCGGCUCCGGCGCCUGGGUUUUCUCCUGGCCAAAUGGCAACCCUCCAGGCCUUGAUCGCCACAUCUGUCCAGGCGGCUGUUAGAGCCGUCGCCCCUGCAGCCUCGGGUCAGGCGGAGUCGACACGCCGUCCGUCCCGCCCGGCUGCCCCUGCCAACACUGCCGAUCCUCGGGUGCAGGUGGAGGAGUCGUUUCCUACAGCUGACCCGCUUCCGUCAACUGGCGCCAACGGCGGCUGCUUCGCCAGUGCCAUGCCCCUGCCCGACCGUGCUGCUCUAGGCCUCGAGGCUGAUGCCCUUGUAGCAGGUUCAGUGUCAGAACGCUCAGCGAGAACGUUCUCCACUGGCAUUGAUGCCUUCAAUGAUUAUUGCGUUAAACAUAUUGUCAAUCCCCUUGCACCCUCUAAGGAGGAUAUCGUAUUAUUUGCUACCGAGCUGUCUCGUACGAGGUGUGUGGCGACUGUGCGUGUGUAUUUGUCAGCGGUACGGUAUCAUUUGCUGUGCAAGCGUGUUCCUGUGACUUGUAUGCAGUCCGUCCGUCUUUCUGCAGUUCUCAAGGGCCUUGAGAGGAGGCAGGGUCCCGCAACCACGACGCGGAGAGGUCUCACUGGGCAAGAUCUGGCCGACUUACAGCAUUUCCUACUCCGGUCCAACUACAGCGAGUCGGACCGCGCAAUGAUCUGGGCCAGUGUCUUGACAGCGUUCCACGGCCUCCUGCGGGCGAGUGAGUUCCUGGCACCGCAUGCAACAAGAGUUGAUAGCACGCGCACGCUAACCUGGCAGCAGAUCAGCGUCCAGGCAUCAUCGGCAGUCGUCCGCUUGCGGGUGACGAAGACAGCCCAGCUGGGUGACGGCGGCCAAGUACAGCUGCGCGAGACCCGCGACGACUUCUGCCCUGUGCGUGCCCUGACCGCCUAUCUGGACCUUGCGGGUCAGAGAGAGGCGACGGAGCCAGUGUUUGUGUUUGCGUCUGGCCGGUUUCUGACCAGGGAGGAACUGACCAAGAUUCUGCGGCUAGCCCUGAGGACGAACGAGGUCAGCUCUCACUCCAUGCGUAUCGGUGGCGCUUCACUCAUGGCUCAGCGUGGGGCAAGUGAAUGGCAAGUAAAGCGGGCGGGCCGCUGGAGAAGCUCUGCAUGCGAACGUUAUGUGCGGCAGGCAGCCGGGAUGCCUAGCUUGUAAGUUAUUGAGCGGCGCUCGCCAUGAUAACUAGUGUGUAUAUGCCUGCACGGGCGCGGUAUUAAUGUGAGGAAUUCGCGGCACCUGCCGCUGUGGUCACAAAGCUAGCUCGUUGUGGGUUGCGGGGAUCGGGAUGCCAUGGUUUCUAGGACUACUAUCUUUUUUGGGGCAAACGGGCCUCCUAUUAUGUCUGUAUGUUGUGACGCCUGAUGCCAGGCAGUCGUGUGAGCCCUCGGUGGGCGAUUGGCUGGCCUCGGUGGCCGUUUGUGUGCCCUCGGCGGGCAAGAUGAUAUCGGCCCACGGUGGGCAGUUUGCUUGCCUCGGUGGCAAUUUGCGCACCCUCGAUGGGUUGUCUGCUGGUUUAGCCCUCGACGGGCGGUUUGCUGGCCGCGGCGGCCAUUUGAGCGCCCUCGGUGGGCAGUA